AUGGAAAAUUGCAAACCUGUCGCAACCCCCGCCGAUACAGGCUCCAAACUCAGCGCUUCAGCUGGGAAUCCUGUCGUCGAUCCUACGGCAUAUCGAAAAUUGGUCGGCGCUCUACAAUACUUAACAUUUACGCGACCUGACAUCACAUAUGCCGUUCAGCAAAUUUGCCUUUUUAUGCAUGCUCCACGGGAACCUCAUAUGAAUGCCCUGAAACGCAUCAUUCGCUAUCUCCAAGGCACUGUCCAACUUGGGUUACAACUAUACUCUUCCAGGCCAUCUCAGCUCCUUGCUUACACAGAUGCUGAUUGGGGCGGGUGCCCCGACACUCGCCGUUCUACAUCCGGAUAUUGUGUCUUUUUAGGCGAUAAUUUAAUCUUUUGGUCUGCGAAACGACAACCCACACUGUCUCAUUCUAGUGCGGAAGCAGAAUACUGA